AUGUUCAUGUCAGAGGAGCAGUUCAUCACUCUUCAAGAGUCCAGGCGCCGUGUGCCACGAUAUCUAUUUCGCACAUGCUCAGAAAAUUCCCGCGGUGGCUUGGCAGCAAACUCAAGCGAACAAAUACUUCCCGACGAUACCAAUUGGCGCAACAUAGAAUUUGGAGGAGUUGCUGGCACCAAAAGGAUGAUCGAAAACCAUCUGUUGUGGAGAUACGAGUCUCCUUCAGAGUUUACGUCCUGGUCAAGCUCCCUUUUGUUUGCCAUUCAAUAUGCACUCUUGAAGAAAGACUAUGAUCGAAAGGAAGAAGAAAACAUCAAGGUCUGCGUCUUGGACACAAGCAAUUUCGCCAUUCCUGUCUAUCCUGCCACUGCCCUCUACGAUGCCUACAGGAUCACGCCAAUCGACCGAGGUAAAUGGCCAGAACUAGUGCGGCACUAUUACCUGAGCGAAUAUCUCUUACGGGGCAGCAUAUAUAUGGAGAACGUCGAAUUUCGCGUUAUCUCUUUGAGAGACAUCUUGCGUUGCGGCUUAUUCAAGUUGUUGCCCGAGUUAGAAGACGAUGAUUGGCGUAAAAAAAAUGCUCUUGCUCGAGCAGUCAGAACCGCAAGGCAGAGCUUAUCGUCUCCUCGAUGCCUUUCUGAAGAGCGCGAGAAAGUCGAGAUUUCCAUAUCCCUCGGCAAGCUUUUCGGUCAUCGAUUCGCGUUCCCUGUCGCCGUCGCUUUCUUAUCGCUCCGAUCCUGGGAAGGCAAAACUCCUAUAGACCCAGGUGACUUAGACGCUGUUCUGGAGCGCGUGAACAGUUAUGAAGUUCCAAAAGACCUUGGUGGUGAGGAAGACUUUAGCGGCGUGGCAGAAGCCUAUAGGCAAUACUUGCCGGAGGAGUCUCAGCGCUUCCGAGCCUUGGCUGAACAACUCCUUGAACGGUACUCUGAGCAUGAGCUUGAGAAGCAGAUACAAAAUAUUACAGUAUCCACCAAGCUUGGUACAAACUAA